AUGACUCAAGAUAUUCAAGGCUCAAUGGCAGAUGCAUUCAAGUAUCUUAAUGAUGCUGAGAAACAAGCUGCCAAUUUGGAGAAAAUGCUUGAUGCAUUUGAAGCUAAAUUAGAUUCCAUAUUGAAAGAUGCUGAGAAUAUCAAUAAACCAGAUGAAAUUGAACAGCAGAAUGGGUUUGACGAUGAGGUUGAAUAUACAGAUGAAAAUGAAAACGAAAAUGAAAAUGAAAACGAAGGGGAUAAUGAGGAAGAAGGUGACGAAGACGAAGAAGAAGAAGACGAUGUCGAUCCAAAUGAAAAAGAACAAGAUGAUAAGAAUAACAACAAGGAGGCAAUUGAUAGAAAUGAAGAUUCUAAAAAGGACAAAAGUAAUUCAAGUUCAACUACAGCUGUACAAGAUACCAAACUAAAGGAAAAUGAACAAUCAAAAGAAGAAUUGGAUCCAACUAAAGAGAACGAUACAGAUGAAAAGACUUCAAAAGACGAUACGGCAGAUAUCAAGGAUACUACUAAUGCAAAUGAUUCAAUUAACGAAAAACUAGCUACAGAGGAGUCAAUUGUUGCGACGACCAAGUCUGAUGAAUAA